AUGAGUAUAUCUGCAUUUGAGUCGUUACCUGCUGAGAUUAUUUUCGAUAUAUUUAAAUAUUUAUCUCCUCGUGAGAUUAUUCAGUCGUUUGCAUCCGUGAACAAACGAUUAUUAAGAUGGAUUAUGUAUGAAUAUUUAUGGCAUAUUCAUAUUGGCGAUGAGACAAUGUCAUUAUUGACGUUCAUUAAUUAUUGUGAAAAUAUUUUGACAGUAAUAGGCGGUCGACUUAUAUCAUUACGUGUAACAUUAACUAAUAUUAUCGGCGGAUGGGCGAUUAUUGCGUCAUCUCUUCGAUGUCAUCCAUCGUUAUCUUUAAAACGUCUUCAUCUAAUUCACAUCAAGCCGCAUGAAUUCGACAAAUUAUUAAGAAGUCAUCUAAUAAAGCAAAUACAUACCUUAAUAGUUGAUGUAACCGAUUGUAGUCCGUUCAAAGCGCAAUCAAAUGAAGGAUUUUAUCUAACUAAAGUAUGUUCACAAUUACCUUGUUUGACAGUAUGUCAACUGCCAUUUGAUAUCUGCGAUGAAAAACCAGAUGAAGUAGAUCAAUAUUCAUUCAUGUCGCAAAUCUAUUUACCAAAGAUAACGAACACGACCCAUCUUCGAAAACUAACUAUCGGGAUGAGUACGUCAUAUUUUCUGGAACGUUUAUUCACUUGUAUACCAUUGAUUGAAAAUCUCUCUGUCGGUGUAAAAGACAUAUCGUCAAAGAAGAAAUCUCUUCUCAGCAGAAAACCAUCUCCUGUUGCUGCUCAUUUUCUUCCAUACUUAUCUAAAUUAUCCAUCAACUGUGAAGAUAAUCAUAGUUUUCAUCACUCUAUGGUACUGUUUUCAUGUGUGUUAAAUCAAUUGAGCCAUUUCUCAUUAAAACUAGAAGAAUAUGCAAAAAUUGCUGAUCCAUUAAUCAUAUCCUAUGCAACUCUGCAGCAGUUAUGUCUCAAUCGACUGGGCGCAUCAACAAUAUAUGAUCUAAAUCUAUUUUUUUGUAUCACGAAUGACGUUGAACAGAAGCAAAUUUUCAAGACAUUUAUCAAUCAUUGUUUGGUUAAUCAACAGCAACCGAAAUUAAUCGUUCAAGAAACAAAUCAUUGUGAAAUUUAUGACAAACAGCAUAGUUUCAUCGUUUAUACACUACCUUAUAAUGGCAAGAAGUUUUCGUCACAUUUGUUUUGUAGAAAUACGCAGAUAUUUUCUCAAACUGCAAUCAAUCCAUUGCAAUUGUUUCCACAUGUUCAAGAAUUACAUCUCGAUGGUUUUUUGUACAAUAAUUGCUUUUCAGAUCUUCGCAAUUGUCAGAAUCUUGCAGUUUCGAUGGUUCCAUGGGCACGACUACGAAAAAUCUCAAUAUGUGGAUCUGAUUGUCUUAAAUCGGAUAUUUUAAUGCGAAUACUCCAAAUGGCACACAAUGUACGUUCAUUGGAAAUAGUUGAUGAUGUAGGUCGACUACCUCGUAUGAUACUCCAUAACAGGAGUAAUUUAGCAUAUCGUAUAAAUAAACAAGUGAAUGACAAUUUACGAAUACACUCAUUAAAUAUUCUGGAUUAUACAACAACGUUGUUCAAUGCUGAACAAUUUUGCAUAAGUUUGUACAAUCAAUUGCCUCAACUGAAAUCUGUCGCGUUUCAUAUUUGGGAUUCAUAUGGCAGUGAUAGAUGGAAGCCAUUAUGCGUCGCUGAUGGAAAACAUAAAUCAACUAUAAUGAUUGUUAAACUACUUCGUUUUAUUGUUGAUCAUUUCUACGAACUGACAUCACUGCAUUUGUAUUUUAUUAGUAAACGUGAAAGGAAUUCACCUUGUUUUCCUCAUCUCAUUCGACAACAAUUACACGAACAGUCGCUUAGUCGACCGUUUCGUUUGCGAUGUUCGGAUGACGCUAUUCAUAUCUGGCUUUAG